UUGAAUUACCGUUUAAUUAUGUUCACUAAAUUUUUAACACUCCUACUGAUUAUUUUUCAUUUGAAUGAAGUUGAAUCUGUUGUCGAACCGAAAGUAGUAGGUAGACCCACUCAUAUCGCCUUUUAUCCUCAUUCGGCGUUUUUGUCAAUAAUAACGCCCUCCGAUAGUUAUAUGUGCGGUUCAUCCAUUCUCAAUCAGAAAAUUCUCAUAACUGCCGCGCACUGCAUUGAAAAGCCGUAUGUUAGAUUCACCGUGUACGCAGGCCAUACAGAGAAUUACCUCGGAGACGUUUACCCAGUUCAAGCUGUAAAGACGCAUGAGAAAUAUAAUUCUCACACUGUUGACCAUGAUAUAGGGCUUAUUUUGGUGAAGAAACCCAUAAAAUUGGGUAAAUUGGCGCAAAGAAUAACUGUCUUACGGAUUCCACCCAGGCCAAUGACUGCAGCUGUUGCGGGGUGGGGUUUGAUCGAUGAAGUGAAUGAGUUGAAUUCAAAACGCUUACACCAUGCUGAACUAAAGGUAUGGACGUACGAACAGUGUCGGAAAUUUAUAUCCAGUUUACCAAAGGGCUUUAUAUGCGCUGGAUCUCUCGACGGAAAGACAUAUGCAUCUCAAGGAGAUUCAGGCAGUGCUUUGAUUGUGAACGAUUACAUUCAAAUUGGCGUCGUGUCUUACAAGAGACCAGACCUCCGAAGCGUUGUAGCUUUUACAGAUACCUCUUAUUAUUACCGUUGGAUAAGAACACAUUCGAGACGGCUGUACUGCAACGGCACGUGA